AUGGGGAUGCUAACGUUCGCCCGCUUUCUUACUAGACCCUAUCCUCACUAUCGUGACGGCCCGACGAUAUUCUCUUUCCAACAGAAACUCAUCAUGGAGGACGGUGCUUCCUACUCGACUGGCGACUCGCCUGAUCUCCAUGCGAUCCCAAGUGAUGACUUGCUGUCGGACUUGGACGAAGUUGCAGGAUCCUCCGAUAGUUUUUAUUCGCCGUCUGGUACACCGAGAAGGCCCUCCUUCUCUUAUCAGGAUGAUUGGGAAACUUUCCCCCCGUUGGACAAGUUAACGGUCUUCGACUUGCUCGACAACUUCUCGCUGUCCCAAAGACUCGAAAAGCUACAGCAUACUAUCAAUAUGCAGAAAGAAAAGAUGAAGAAACAGCGGGAGAAGCUGAAGUCAACCUCCGCAACCGCAAAGGAUCGCGUGGUGGGAGAAUGGAAAAGACGCGUUCCUACUGCAGACGAGCAGCUUGACAAGUAUCGCCGCCGUAUGAAGGUCGGUGUUGAGCGUCUGGGGAAGCAGUGGAACGCAACCGCGACGGUUACAUUACGCGAGAAGAUCUCGUUUAUUGCCGGUGUCCUCAACAUUUUUUUCAGUGGCUACCUCAUUGGAGCCCAUCCGGAGUCUUUCUAUAUCUGGUUCACCAUACAGCUGGCCUACUUCAUGCCGAUUCGAUACUAUAGAUACCACGCGAAAGGGUAUCAUUACUUUUUGGCUGACCUCUGCUAUUUCGUCAACCUGUUAUGCAUGCUGAGUAUCUGGGUUUUCCCAAAUUCCAAGAGACUCUUCAUCAGCGCGUACUGUUUGACUUUCGGAAACAACGCUGUCGCGAUUGCUAUGUGGCGGAACUCCCUCGUGUUUCAUAGUAUGGACAAGGUUGUGAGUCUGUUCAUUCAUAUUAUGCCACCGGCAGCUUGGCAUUGUCUUGUUCACUUGACUUCUGCGGAGACCUUGAAGGAGAGGUUCCCAGCGAUCUACGACAUCAAAUUCAGUGAGCCCGGGUCGCCGGACCACUUUUCGCUCCUGUCUAUGGUGGUCUGGGCGACAGUACCCUAUACGAUAUGGCAGUUAUCCUAUCAUUGCUUUAUCACCGUGCGGCGUGCCGAGCAGAUUGCCGCAGGACGCCCGACAAGCUUUACAUGGCUCCGCAAAUCAUAUGCAAAGGCCUGGAUUGGUAAAAUAGUUUUAAGCCUGCCCGAAUCGUUACAGGCUCCCGCCUUUAUGCUGAUCCAAUACUUCUAUGCGAUUUUAACGAUGAUCCCAUGUCCGCUUUGGCUAUGGUCCCGCUGGGCUAGCGGCCUUUUCCUGACUGCCCUUUUCAUUUUGAGCAUCCACAACGGCGCAACCUACUACAUUGAUGUUUUUGGCAAGCGGUUUCAGAAAGAACUGGAAGCGUUGAAAAAGGAUGUUGCACGUUGGCAGUCUUCUCCUGAAGGCACAGCUAGUCCGACUAUUCUGACAUCAGACAGCGCUGUUGCCACUGGGGCGCAUAUCAUGGACGAUUCUAACGAUAUUGCAAAGAAUGGAGGAUCCGACAAGGCAAGCAUUGAUAAAAUUCCUCUGCUUGACUCUAGCGUGACCGCGAGCGGCAUUGAGGAGGCUGCUUCCGGUUCCCCAACAGUGCGCGAGAGAAAAUAG